AUGAAAACAAACAAUCAAAGACUCCCUACAUCCAAAAGAGUCAUUAGUCUUCGCAAAAUUAACAACCUUACAGAUGUUGAAGACAUGCUUAUAAGUAUAAUUGGUAUCAUAGUAUACGCGAGUUCUAUCACACUGGCAAAAGAUGGAGUGACAUACCUACAAGAUAUUGUACUAAUUGAUAGAAGUUGCAUGGCAGUUAUGUUGACUAUCUCAAGCAAUUUUAUAUUUGGUCCCAAUGCAUUGGACAACCUUAAAGAUUCAAUCAGUUGCCUUAUUUGUGGAUUAGUUGUCACAAGGGCUUAUGGUAAUUGUAUAUCACUAUUCCAAAAAUUUGGAGUUAGUACGGAAGAAAUUUCUAAAAUACUAAAAGCACGUAUAGGAUAUGCUUAUAUCUUCUUGCUACACUCAGACUUUGGCAAUUCAACAUUAUCAUAUUUUAAGGUUAUUCAUAUAACCUAUGUUGAUUGGGCUGAAGAAUGUGCUUAUCUAUUCAGUAAAUUGGGUUCAGAAAUUGUUAAAAUUUGUAACCUUUCUAAGGCAUCAAAGCGGUGUUCAAUUAAAGUAAGGGUGAUUCGUGUUUGGGAGAAGCCCGCAUUCAAUAAAAAUGAUGUCGUUGAAAAGAUAGAUGCUAUUUUGAUGGAUAAGGAGGGAUACAAAAUUCAACUUACAUGUAAGAAAUCACUUUUGUCUACCUUUUCAUCGAGGUUGAAGGAAGGAAAAUACUUGGAGGUCUCUAAUUUUUCUGUUAGAGACAAUGAUGGUGUAGAUCGAGGAACUAGACAUACUUAUAGAAUUGAUCUAAAUUAUUCGUCCCAUAUUGCUGAGUGUGAGGAUUUACAAAUUGAUUCAUAUGGAUUGGAGUUUGUCACAUUUGAUGACAUACUAUCAGAGAAAUAUUCAAAUAUUAUGUACUCACUAUUGUUCUUCUAUUUAGAUUUUAUUGGAGAAGUUAGUGGCUAUAGUUCUAUCCAAGAGAAACCUUCUUCAAAAUUGAUGACCAUUGAUCUUAUAGAUUUAGAGAAUAAGUCUCUUACAUGUGUGUUGUGGGGUAAAUAUGCUGACGAAUUCACUACUUACCUCAAGACUAGGAAGGAUGACGAAAGUAUUAUUGUUGUUGGACAACAAGGAAACAGUAUUACGUAUCAAGGUGAGAUUCGGAUCGCAACUUCUCGCCAUGCAACUCGAUUAUUCAUCAACUCCGAAAUUCCGGCAAUUAUGGAAUUCAACAACAAGAAAAAUGCAAUUGGAGCAAGAACAAUUUCUCCACGACCAAGUGAGAUAUCAACUGAGACUAAUGAGUUUCUAAAAGAGGAUAUCGUAAAAGACAUUAGUGAUUUGAUGCUGUGUGAACAGUCUGGGUUAGGUGUGUGCCUUGCUACAAUUGAAGACAUUGAUACGAAUUUCAGUUGGUACUACGAGUCAUGCAAAAUUUGUUAUAAGGGAGUCAAACGAGAUGGUGAUAAGAUAACUUGCAAAAGGUGCGAGAAAGUUUUGAAGGCAACCGUGCCUAGGUUCAGAUUGAAGAUAAUAGUUUCUGACAAAACUGAUGAUGCAACUUUUGUUCUAUUCGAAAAAGAGGUGCACAAGUUGUUGGAUGAAUCCGCUUCAGAUUUGUUAGAAAUGCAAGUGAAGAAAGGUGACAAGGAUGGGUUUCCUGAAGAAUUCACAAAAUUGCUUGGCAAAAGAUUACUCUUUAAAGUGGAGAUUCCUCAUCCUAAUAAGGUUGGUCAGUCAAAGGACUUUGCCGUUAUCAAUACAAUUGACGAUCAAACGACUAUAGACAAAUGGAUGGGACUCUACAUGAAAAUGGCGUACGAGGAAGCCAAAGAAGCACUAAAAGAAAAUGAGAGUGUCAAGGAAAUUGAAGUGGAUAAGGAUCAUAAUAUGAGCAACCAACAAGAAUCGGCAACUUCUGUUACACCUCAAAAGCGCAUCUUAGAAACUAAUGGUGAUAGUGAUAGUGAUAGCUGCAUAUAUAGCUCCCCUUUGGAUGCUCAGUUAUCAACAAACAAGAGGCCCAUGAUUCGUGGAAUUCAUAAUGAGAUCACUGUAUUGCGCGGUAAAGGAGGUGUAUUUUUUGUAUAUGGUUAUGGAGGCACGGGAAAGACAUACCUGUGGAGAUUAUUAUGUGCAGCAUUAAGGCGUAAAGGGGAAAUUGUUUUGCCAGUUGCAUCAAGUGGAAUCGCCUCUUUGUUGCUUCCACGUGGGAGAACUGCGCACUCUAGAUUUGGCCUACCACUAAAUGUCGAUGAGAACUCAACAUGUCAUGGCAUUAAGCCUGGAUCGGACUUGACAAGACUACUUAUGAAGACAAAGCUUAUCAUUUGGGAUGAAGCUCCCAUGAUGCAUAAAUAUUGCUUUGAAGCUCUUGAUAGAAGCUUAAAGGAUGUUAUGCAAUCAAUAAAUCCAGCAAAUCGUCAUAUCCCAUUUGGUGGUAAGGUGGUUGUGUUCGCUGGUGACUUAAGACAGAUAUUGUCUGUUGUUCCCAAAGGAUCUGAUAAGUCAAAUCUGGAAGAAAUUAGGGAGUUCUCUGAGUGGAUUCUGAAUAUCGGAGACGGCAAAGUUGGUGAACCGAAUGAUGGUGAAGCCAAUGUAGAAAUUCCUCAUGAAGCAUUGGUAUACGGAGGAGAUGACCCUAUUUCUGCAAUAGUCGAUAGCACAUAUCCUGAUAUAGAAGAUAACAUCUGGGAAGCAAGUUAUUUUCAAGAAAGAGCUAUUCUUGCUCCAACUAAUGAAAUUGCUGACAUGGUUAAUGAUCGUGUUUUGUCACGCUUCCCAGGUGAAGAAAGAACGUACUUGAGUUCAGAUGCAAUUGCAAUGGAGGAAGGGAAUUUCGGAAUACACGAGAUGUAUUCUACUGAAUUUCUGAAUACAAUCAAGUGCGGCGGUUUGCCAAAUCAUAAUAUAACCUUGAAGGUGGGGCACCAGUGA